AUGGCCCGGAUUUCAAAAUCAACCCCUCUCAAACACGAGACCGCCCGUGAGAAGAAGAAAAGACUCCGUCAUGCGGUACAUGAUUCUCAAGCCCUGGACACUCUGACUGGACUCAAGCGACGAACUUAUCAACCCCCACCCAUCCCCCAAAACCAUUCUCAGCCAUCCUCAACAACCCAUGAGGAUUUCGGUCAAUGGGACGACAACCAACACAGUGAGCACAACGAUUUUCAUGCCGAGGGCCCACCCAAUGGAACGCUUGUGUCAUCCUUGGUCGAUUCAGUAUGGGACUCAAUUCCUUGGGACGUAAAGGCUUCUAGCAACUCCGCCAAUCCUAACCGGGGGCUGUUUUUAGAUCCUCAAAUCACAGCAUCAAUCCGUGAACAUGACCGGAACACAAUUCACAACUCUCGACAAGAUAACUGGAAGAAAUGUAUGACUAAACUUUUCUCAUCCUACCUGUGGCUCAAGGACAAAACAGAAAACUGGACUGCAGCAUGCUCCUUUGAUCCAUUCACAUCCCGAUUCUGCAAGUGUAAAGAUGACUCACCUCGCUUCAAACAAAAAAUUGAUCUUGUGGACCUUAAUGGCCAAGAACGAAUGGAGUACUCCUUUUGCCGCUGCAUGCCCCGUUCGGUACAACUUCUUACGAUUGGAUUUCUGCCAAGCUCCCCAGUUCAGCCAACCGUCGGGUUCUCAAUGCGCCUCCUAGCAUAUCAUAACUACGCUUGGCAUCACUCAAAUGUCCGCAUUCAGCCUUUUACCGAGACUCACAGGCUCUUCAAUGAAGAGAGAUCACAAGUGCUAUGGAAUCACAGCAAAACUGCGGGGCGAGAUUUGAAGCAGUGUCUAUCGUCUUCGGUGUUGGUAUAUCGGGAACUACUCAAGAUGAAUGUUGAUUUGAUCCAGACAGCUCUAGACUUGAACAACACUCAGAAAUUAGCCUCGGGGACCUGUCCAGCUUGUUUUGGCCCUAGUUCUAAUACCGGCCUGAAUCGGCUUUCUUCUGUCAAAAACAAACUAAUAGUGUUGCUUGACGGGAAUUUCCAACAUCGACAUCAGAAAUUGGCCGCCAGAAACACAGAGCCUCUAAUUACCCCCGACAUCUUCAUCCAACCUAGCCAAUUGUCUGAUUUGAAACUGUACAUAUCUGCUCAAGAACGUUUACACAAAGUCCCAAGAAAGGCCGACAAAUGUGCUGACACCCAUAAAGCAGGGAAUGAUAGUCGAAACGAAACAACGUGGAAGUCUUGUGACGAUACGGGUGUCAUGGGGUCAUGCUGUCGUCAUGACUCUGUAAUCUACUUAGCUAACAUUCAUGGGACAGGUGAAAAUCGAGCCCUCCCAUUGGUCAUCCUCAAGCGAUUACUGGCGAACAUUGAAUCAGACAGGCCAGUAGGUGUCCUAUACGAUCUUGGGUGCUCAUUGGAUAAGUUCGUUAACUUACGCUCCAUAUUUCCAGAAUCUCGUUCCCGAAUCACGUUUGGAACCUCGGUCUUCCACGCGUAUGUUCAUGAAUGGCCUUGUCAGCUUAAAUACAACCCCCGAUAUCAAAAGGGAUGGGGACUAUCAGAUGGCGAGUCUCUAGAACGGCUCUGGUCUUCUCUUUCAUCCCAGAUCAGUCCUCUGAGAUACGCUUCACGGAAUAACCGAUUGGGUGCACUUGCACACCGAUGCACAUACCGCAACAAGCAGAGCAUUGCUAAGCUAGCUGCUUGGCUCCGAAGCAAGUUUGAUCAGGCCUUGGUCCGCCGCGAUACCAAAAAGGCAGUCUUAACUGAACUACUUCAGAUGAUAAACCCACACAACAAUCAGACAUACUUGAUUGACUUUUUCCGUUCACAGUGGGAGGAUCAAGUUCGUGUGGGUCUUCAGCAGGAUGAUAUUGAAGAAGCUUCGAAGAAGACCCUAGCAGAGUUUUUUGAAAACGAAGAUAUUAUUAAUGCCUAUCAAGAUCGUCUUAUUUGGGGUACAUUGCCAGCAACUUUGGGUGAAGCAAACGAAAUCUUGGAUUCCAUUGACACGCGAGUGGAGGCCCAGCGGCAACUAGCUGUUUCGAUCGGAAAGGAUUAUGAAGAGCUUCGACAAGCGCGCCAGGCUGAAUUUGGGAUGUUGAGUGUACUUUGGAAGGCCAAAUCGGAGCUCUAUGCUCAGGCAGUUAAAGUUCGAGCGGAGAGACAACCCCUUCAGAAAGCCCAAUCCGGAAACAUCGCAGGUACACGAUUGAAGGAAAAAAUUCUUGCAGCAGGCAAUCGUCGCAAGGGUCCAGUCGAAAGGGCUAUCAAAAACUUUAACGACCGUCGAAGGCAAUACCUUACCAAAUUUAACCCCUCACAACUGUUGUUGCCAGAAAACCGGGACCUUUCAUACUCCGAUUUUCUGGCGAUGGACUUGGACGACCCCCUCUGGAAUGACGGCCACUUUUACCAUGCUCGCGCGCCGUGGGCUCUCGAUCCCAAUGUAAGGAAGGGUGUGAAAUCGGUGUUGUUCUUGGACCGAGUAGAGGAAGAAAUUGAGCUGCUUACUCAAGAACUCGAUCGGAUGAUUACUUGGGCGUAUCAGUACCGGUCCUCAAUCCUCUCCACGAUUAGUCUCUUAGAAACCGAAUCUCAAGAACCGAUUGAUAUGAAUAACCGAUUCGCUCAAAUUUUAACAAUUUUUCCCAUGAAAAGUAAACUGCGCUUGCUCCGAUCGGAACUGAAGGCACACUUACUCGCGCAUGAGAAGCUCAUGCUAUCAUGGAUGCUUGAUGUCAAAACGCUUUGGAAUCAGACUCGUAGUCGGCACACCAAGGCUAAUCAUCCUUGGUUUGAGGUGAUUAGUUCUAUCAAGGAUCGACUGACAAGUGGCAAUAUGGGGGACAUCGACGAUGCACUAGAGAAACUGAAUUUCGAGGAGAACGAGAUUGAUCGCUCGGAAGAAGAUGAACAGCAAGAUGAAAUCAAUGAGGAAGAGCAAACGGAAGAAGAGCGGCAAGAAAACGAAGCCAAUGAGGCGCUUGAUGGGGAGGAGACGGACAAUGGGCGACCUGCAGCCUCAGAGUCCCAACAAUAA